AUCGUAAUAAUUUUAGAUCGUGACACUAAUUUGUUACUUCAAAAUUCAAAAUUUCAAAUCCUAUAAUUGCUAAAAGUUAACAUCUCAAAAGCCCAAAAAGACCAUUUCCCUUUUCUCUCAUCAUGUCUGGCUAUCCUCAUCCUCCAUCAGGCUACGGCUACGGUGUUCCACCGCCGCCGCAACCUUACGGAGCCUCUCCCCAAUACGGUGCCCCGGCACCAGCUCAGCCCUACGGCGCACCAUCAGCUCCUUAUGGUGCACCCUACGCACCCCCAGCGGGCGACAAGCCCCCAAAGGACAAACCCCACUCCUCUGCACCUGCAUACGCACACGGCGGUUACCCACCGUCGGCUUCGUAUGGAAGCCCGUUAGCCUCAUUAGUACCCUCGGCUUUCCCUCCAGGGACGGAUCCCAACGUCCUCGCGUGCUUUCAACUCGCAGAUCAGGACGGGAGUGGGUUUAUCGACGAUAAGGAGUUGCAGAGAGCUCUCUCCAGUUAUAAUCAGAGCUUCAGCUUGAGAACUGUUCAUCUUCUCAUGUAUCACUUCACCAAUACCAACACCAGGAAGAUCGGGCCGAAGGAAUUCACUUCAGUGUUUUACAGCCUUCAGAACUGGAGGGCCAUUUUCGAGAGAUUUGAUAGGGAUAGGAGUGGCAAGAUUGAUUCUAAUGAGCUGCGGGAGGCACUAUACAGUUUAGGAUUCGCAGUCUCACCUGUCGUUUUGGAUUUGCUGGUCUCUAAGUUUGACAAAAGUGGAGGCAAAAAUAGGGCCAUUGAAUAUGACAAUUUCAUUGAGUGCUGUCUAACUGUUAAGGGUCUGACUGAGAAAUUCAAGGAGAAGGAUUCGUCAUACUCUGGAUCAGCAACUUUCACCUAUGAGGUCUUCAUGCUAACUGUUCUGCCGUUCCUUAUAGCAUGAAAACUGAAAGUUCUUUAAGCUUUGUUUUAUUUCUUUGCUUUAGUUAAAAAUAAGCCGUUGCAUGGUUUUGUUGUAAAACAAUUUUAAGUUUAAUGAAUGUCAGUGUGCAGAUAGAUUUCUAUGUUGUA